AUGCAGUCCUCUCCUCCCAUGAGCGAAGGGAAAGCGCGCGCUAUCAGAGAACUCUCACGCAGUCUCAGUCACAGCCCCAGAAAUAUCACAUCGCCCUCACCACCACCCAGCGACUCGAAUCCCACGCAGCGGUCGGGUUUUGGCACCAACACGUCUCAAUUCUUUGACGACCCAGACAUUCUCAUGUCCACACAACACAACAUCGCGGAAGACACCAACACACUACCGGGAUACCCGCGGAUUCGUUCAACCGCGAAGAAGAUCAAUACUUGGGCUCCGUUCCGUUCCGAGCAGGUCCAGCCCGACACGUCCAUGGUCAACAAGGAGUUUGGCGACUUUGACCACAGCAUCUCCGACGAGGAGAGCAUGGCCAUCGAGCAGGCGCGAGGUAACCGCAGCAACCGCGGUACCCCCAGCAAGAUGAGCUCCCAGUUCAACAGCCUCUACGACAUCACACCCCCCACCAACAGAUCGCGUAAAUCAUAUCAGGCAGACACUGGCAGCCUCCGACGCGACGCGGCGAUCCGUCGCGCCUCGCGCAACGACCUGGACUACACUGCAUCGCCGCGUCCUGCAAGCAAGCGCAAUUCUCCCGCCCUCUCCACAAAGGAAAGCCGCAAGAGCACUUCACUUGCACAGCUGCACGCAAAGCUUUCCGAAGACGAGUCAUCGUUCAUGGAGCAUCGACCACCAACACUGACCAUGGAGUCCACCAAGAACACGCGCUGGGGCAACAGGAGCCGACAAACCUCUCUCCAAACCGACGGCAAUGUCGAUGCUCUUCCACAGCCAAAGGCUACACCUCGCUCAAGGCCUGCUACAGCACAGAACGCGACUGCGCAGUCCUUCAUCUUGCCUGAUCUUCCCAACCUCACCGAGCUCGUCUCUGGCGUGUUCGACGAUGGCACACCCGUCUUUUCCAAGACUGCACCAUCACGGUCACGUUUUGCGGCUCCACCGUACGGCGGUCGCCGACCAUCGCAUAUUCCCAUCGAUGGGGCGCCUAUACCUGAUGAGGAAAAGGCCAUCUUCGCUGCUCUCCAGCAGCUGCAGGAGAAGAUUGCGGACAUGGAGCGCGAGCGUGAAGACAAAGACAAGAAGAUUGAUGAGCAAGAGCUGGAAUUGAUCGAGCUGAGAGCGACUACGCAAGCUCAGGAGAAGCUCCGGCGAAGUGACAGCGCGCAAGACUCUGACGCUGGCGGGAAAAGCGGCUGGAAGGUCGAAAAGACACGCCUUGACGCGACUGUACAGACCCUCCGAACGAAGCUCGACCGCGCCGACCGUAAAUCCGCCGUCCUCGAAAUCGAGAAGAAACGUCUGAGCACCGAACGGGAUAACAUGGCCAAUCAGCUGGGUGUCGCGUUCCAGACUUGCGAGGAGCUCAAGAUCGAGAAGAACGCCCUGACCAAGGAAAACGAUCAACUCCGCCAGGAAAUUGAUACCCUUCGCGCCGAGAACGAAUCGCUGCGCGAUCAACUCGAACAAGACUUGUCUCACCACCGAGAAGAGACGAUCCAGCUCCGCCAACAGUUUGACCAAGCCGCAAACGCAACUCAGAGGGAGAACGCGAACCUGCACGCAGAGCUGGCUCGUGUGCGCGCUCAGCAGGACGAAAACACACAGCAAUUGACUCGCAGAGACAUGGAGCUGCGCAAGGCACGUCAAGAGCACGCCGAAUACGCGAGAUUGAAAUCCGACCAUGAGUUACUCAAGGCCCAGGUUGAGGAACUGAAGAGGAAGCGCGAAGAGGAUAUCAAGCGUUGGGAGAGGCAAGAAGAGAGUUUGAGAGCAAAGGUUGGGAGGCGGGACGAUACUAUUCGGCUGUUUGAGGAUACGACGACUCAAGAGCGUACAAACGAAGCUAUGCGUCUAGACAACGAGAAUCUCCGAAACGAACUCCGAGAACUCCAAGCUCAGCAAGACGAGGAGAAUGAGGAGUGGGCGAGGAGAGAGGCGGAACUACAGCGCAAGAUUCGACAGCGUGAGAUUGCUGUAAGGAAAGCCAGGGUAGAGAACGAUACCGAGCACAUCUUCGAAGACAAGCCUAGCUAUCGCCGCGAAGAUACACGGACGCGUAUCAGGAAUCGUGUUCAGCAGGAGGUCCGUAACAGCAAGAUCGCCAGCCAGGAAAGCCCACGGAAGUCGUUCACCGGACAUUCGAGGUUCUCAACUCGCAGCUUUUCCGCACCUGUCCCAGCCGAUAAGCAUGCGCACGCAGAGAGCGAUGUAGAAUCGACCACCGAUCUCUCUCUUGUGCCACGCUCCACUCUGCGUAUCUCACGAAACCCUGCUUCUUCUGCUAGGCAGACGACAAUGACGGUUCAACCCCCCACUGAUCUGAGCCUCACGGAGUUGAGCUUCUUCCCCCAGGAGGAAAUUGCGCGGUUGAGGCGCGAGCUGGAGGAACAGCGUGCGAAUGAGCGGGCUGGUAAAACUCAAACUGGAGAGCAGACGAGGGAAGACACCGUGAGGAGUCAGCGACAGACUCGCGAGGAUACAGGGCGGUCUGUGGCAAGUGCAAAGAGCACAUCGCAUUCGCGUCGACCCUCUCUCGUACGCAAGUCUAGCCUCAAAGACACCACACAGCGCACCGCCACCACGCACUUUGACGAAGACACAGGCAAGCUGUCCCAUGCAGAUACCGCCGCCGACGACGCCGAUGCCGAAGCAACGCAAACUCGCCAGUCAGCCAUGUCUGAUGCGUCGAUGCUCAGCAACACUGGAAGGCGAAGGCGGAGCGCGCCUGCCACGGAAAUGACCAGUGCGUUUAUCCUACCGGAUAUCAAACUUGCUUCUUCCACUACUACCGGAGUGAAAACACACACUACUGCUACUACCACCAAGCCCGUCAUCAGCAAGGAACACGACAAUGACAAUUGCACCGUGUGCCGCCGCGAGGGUUACACGACGGCUACUGCUGCUCUUGUUGUACCCAAGUUGGUCAAAGUGUCGGAACGCUCAACCGCCGAUGAAACAGAUGCUACGAUGCGGCCCGUGCAAUCACCAAGGGAGGCUCUGGCAACGGUUGUCAAGGGACUCAAUGAUGAGCGCAUACACUUGACUGCCGAACUAGCCGUUCAGCAAGCUAUGCUGAGCGAGCAUGACCCUAGUCUGGGUAAGAGACGCCGCGCGGCUAUCGACGUCAGUAUCCAAGAUUUGUUGCGCAGGCUGUCUUGGUUGGACCAGCAGAUUUACAGGCUGCAUGAUGUGCUCGAGGGACAGGAAGAUGUUACUGAGGAGGAGGUUGAAGAGCUUACUACUCAAGCUGUUAAUACGGCUGCUGCUGCUGCUGCUGCUGCUCCUGCUCAGAAGGAGAAGAAGAAGGUUACUAUUCGUAGCUUUGUGUCUGAACAUGAAGUCUCGGACUGCGAUCAUCACGGUGAGGAUGGCGGUGAUGAGAGUGUCGAGUUUAGAAGAGGUGGUCGAGGCAAGACAGAUGAGGAGAGUGGGGAUGAGGAGGAGGAGCGUUCGCUGGAGUUGCCGUGGGAGGGGUUUGGGGAUGAUGGCGAGAGUUUGGGCAUGGAGGGGGAUGUUAGUUUUAAUGCGCUCGCGGGGUGGAGGGGUGUACAUUAG